AUGCUGCGCUAUGUUCAUCAUUUGGACCCCAUGCUGUCGCUGGACAACGCCAUGCAGGUGUACAGGGCAGCAGACAAAUACCAGAUUGAUGGCUUGCUCGAGUCCUGUGGGGCGUUCAUCGAGAAACACGUUGACCCCAGCAAUGUGAUGCAGGUCCUCGGGCUGUUUGAUGUGGCUUGCCGCCUGGGGCUGGAGCGGUACUCCAAGAGCUUCCUGGAAAUUCUGGGUGAGCUAUCGCGGGUGCAGACUCGGCAGGAGCGGGCAGGGAUGUCCUUGGCCACUUUGCUCAGCUUUGAUGGGCUGUGCAUCGACGAGGAGCGGUUGUGGCGCGCGCUGCGCUCUUGGGCUGAGCUGCGGGCGUGCGGCCGCCCAGGGCAAUAUUUGUUGCUUUCGGUGCCCCAGCAUCUGCCGAGCAGGAAGUACAAGGAGCAGCCAGAGCCAGUUUUGGAGGGGCUUCACUUUAUCGCCCAGGGCACUGGCUCCAGCGGUGGCCGGAAGUCUGCCAGCGUGGCUCCAAGCGAGCUUGCCCAGUCCCCAGUGCCCAGCUGGCAGGAUGCGAUCAGGCCCUUGAGGCAUCUCAUCCGAUUCCCGGCCUUGUCCGCUGCUUUCUUUGCGAAGGAGAUUUCGAAGAGCGGAGUGCUUUCCCACCAGGAGGUGGUCGAUAUCUUUUGUUUUCUGGCCCGAAAGCAGGCCCGAAAGCUGGAGCAAUGCGUGCCAAAUGGACCGUUUGCAUGCACAGAAACAGACACAGAUGCUCACCAUCAUAAUCACGUGCGCAUGCAUGAAGACGUGCGCAGCCCGGCAGAGCAACAAGUAAGUUGCCUGCAGGUGCACCAGGACAGCAGUGCUGCACUGCGCAGAUUCGCUGGAACACGCUACCAUUCAUGA